GUUUGAAUACUAUAUCAAUAAUACAAUAUAUUGUACUAAAGUGUGAAACAUAUACCAUCCCGGAAGUCUUGGCCACGGAGUCCUUCGUUGGGUGUCCGUGAUGGGAUGUAAACUCGGCUAGGUCCUUUAACGAUUGCGUGUUGUUUUGAUUAGAGAGGCUGGUCCAAGACGAGGGCCUCAAAGGCAAAUGGGCAGCUCUAAACGGUUGCAGAACGAGAACAAAACGGGGGCAACUCAAUGUGGUUGGCUGAACUGCAACCGGUGCCACUUUCUCCAAAAACAUAGUGUGUUUCACUCCUUUGUGAAGAACAACUUGGGGCUGUGCCCUCUGCAGGUCGGCGGCGGCCUUCGGGGCCUUUCCUAUGCAGAUCUUCAGGUCUUUUGGAUUGAAGGCCAAGUGAUGCAUUUGAAGGCCUUGAACAGGGACUUCAAGUUGGACUUCACCAAGGCUGGCCUCCAAGAGGGCGCUCGAGAGGCGUUGCGGGAAGGUUUGCAGAUGGCCAUCGAUGGGCGCCUCCAAGCGAACCGCAGCUGGGCCGAGCUGAGAGCGGCCCUCCGCAACGACGAACAUCUGGCGCGGGUGCGGGAUAUGAAGAUGGCAGCAGAGACAGGACUGAAGAUGAUCGAGACGGAUGCGGCUCGGAUGAGCGACCGGGGUGCCGCUCGCAUCAGGCGCUUGGAGGUCUUCGAGGUGGAGCGCUUCACCUUGGGCUUCGGAUGGGGCACCUGCAAUUGGCCGACAGAUGGAGAGCUUCAGUGGCGUUGGGUGCAGGAGAACGGCAGGAAGCAUCCACAGGUGGAUGAGAGGCUGACCCAAAAGCAAGCAACAAAGGCAGAGGAACCUCCUUGCCAAUUGGGCGGACUCUACAAGGCCAGGCCCUUGGAGCUUUGAGGUGAUCGACAAGGUCACGGACAAACAGGGCUGGGUCUACGGCAUGGCUUGGAGCCAACCAGAUUGGAGCCAACACCAGGGUUUGAACCUUCUCAGGAGACGGCGUUGGACCCGCCCCUUCCACUGAGACUCGCGGAACACCUGGAGAGUCAAAAACACCUGGAGUCGGAUCCAUAUCAGGC